AUGUCAGCUUCGCCGCCGCAGUCUCGUUCCCCUUCGCCGUCACCUCAGGACACUCUUACUCUGAGAGCCCUAGUGAGCACCAAAGAUGCAGGUGUAAUUAUUGGAAGAGCUGGUAAAAAUGUUGCCGAACUGCGUGAACAAACCGGCGUCAAGGCUGGAGUAAGCAAGGUCAUCCAAGGUGUUCAUGAGCGGGUCCUCACCGUCACUGGUCCUGUAGAGGGCGUAGCAAAAGCGUAUACACUGAUCAUUUCUCAACUCGUCGCUUCCAAUCCUUCUUCACCAAUCACCGCGUCUCCUUCCUCUUCCCAUACUACCGUGCGGCUUCUGAUCUCCCAUAACCUUAUGGGAACCAUUAUUGGUCGUAACGGUCUUAAAAUCAAAGCCAUUCAGGAUGGCUCGGGUGCCCGUAUGAUUGCAUCUAAGGAAAUGUUACCUCAGUCGACCGAACGUAUUGUUGACGUUCAGGGUUCCCCGGAAGCCAUCGGGCUUGCCAUUGAGGAGAUUGGAAAGUGUCUUCUUGAGGAUUGGGAGCGAGGAAUGGGUACCGUCUUGUAUCACCCUGGAACCUCCGAAGAGAGAACCGGUUCCAGACGCUCUACCAACGGCCUUUCUUCCUCUUCCUAUAGCGGCUCUCGUCGUCCCAACGGCGACGCCCCUCGCCGUGCCACGUCACCCAGCUCUCAGCAGGCUUCCGUAGCUGCACAGCCUACCGCUAACCUGCGCACGCAGAAUAUUUCCAUUCCUUCGGACAUGGUCGGAUGCAUCAUCGGCCGUAGCGGUACGAAAAUUACCGAAAUUCGUCGCUUGUCCGGUUCCAAAAUUUCGAUCGCCAAGGCUCCUCACGAUGAGACUGGAGAGCGAAUGUUUACCAUUGUCGGUACACCUGAGGCGAACGAGAAGGCCUUGUUCCUGCUUUAUAAUCAGCUGGAGAGCGAGAAGGAAAGGAGGGUUGGACGCGAGGCUCAACAGCAACAAGAAUUGCAGGACUGAGCAGGGUUCUUUCCGAACCAUUGACAGCCUCUUCAGGCUAUUCCUCUCCCUAUCAAUCUUAUUUAAAUCCCCUUGAUUGAAGGGUGUCUAUGUAGAAUGUACCAAUAAUCCCUCAAACAUCGGUCCGAUUUUGGACCCUCUCUUUAUCUCUCUUUCCUGGCCGACCAAAUCACUCGUCUGCUGGCUAUGCGCCCUCACAUCCAAAUCCAUCAUCUUGGUGCUCUAAACUGGAGCCUUUCCCAUUCCACCAAUUUCUCCACGAUGUCUCGCGUCCUU